AUGCUUUCAAAUAUUUAUCGUCAACAUACAGAACGAAUAACAUUUUUAAAACAAAAACAAGAAAAGAAAAAAAAAGAAUUACUGUCAUCAGUUGAUCAUUUAACAUAUGUGGUUCUCGAUGGAUUGAAUGAUGAAGUAUCAGAAUGUUAUAAAAAUGAAAAACGUAUUGAUCAAGCAUGUAAACAUAUAAAUACACAAUCAAAUCUUCUUUUAAAACAAUCUCAAGCAUGGAUUAAUCUUAUUGGACAAUUUACUGUUGCACUUAAAGAAUUAGGUGAUGUAAAGAAUUAUUCGAAAAUAAUUAAACGCGAAUGUGCAACUAUAACAAAUACAUUAGCAACUGUUCAUCAAGAUAUGAUUGUACAACAACAAAAUCGACAGACUGAUAAUAAUAUUUCGGAAAACUCAACGAAUUCAUCUUAA